ACAACGGCAGCAAGCGGCCCACCAGCAGCCAGAGCAAAGGAAAAAAAGGGCCGACUGAGAGACAACGAGAAAGGAUGACACGGGCGAUAAUGGAGGAGGGACUGGUUGCGCCAGAGGGCGCAUACACGCCCGCUUGGAACUACUUGCUUCCCCUGGCGCCGCCGACGAUGAUCCCCGUGUCGCAGACGCAGAUGCAGAGCGCCACGGCCAAGGAUGCCUCCUCGAGCAAUCCCUCUGCAGGCACCGCGGGUGCCUCAGCCUCGUCGUCCUCCUCGGCCUCUACCUCGACCGGCGCCGGUCAGCUGAGCCCUGCUGGAGCCGCUGGCACUGGAGAGACGAGGAAUGGCAGAUCGGUUUCGGAUCCUUUGGCUGGAGAAAUGGCCACAGACAGAGCGAGCUCGACGCCAAAGACGGCCCUCAGCCACAUAUCCCUCGCGGCACCCUCGGCCUGGUCGCAUGCGCCAAUCCAGCCAACGACGAAGCUGUCCGUCGCCACCGUGAGGUAUCCCCCCAAUGUCUCGACGUCGCAGAGAAACGGGGGAGAGGGUGGUGCACCGGCCAUCAACGAUCUGGGCGGCACCGCUUCCUUCCACGGGCCCCUGCUCGAAGCCUCGCUGUCCAGCCAAGGCAUCGACGGCUCCCCCAUGCUCGUCACGGGCGGCCAAGGCGGCGUCCCGGGCGUUGCUGCCCUUCAGCUCCUGGCGCAUCUCAGCGGCACCGGUGGUGCCGGCCCAAGCAUCACCACCUCUCCCUCGCUGGCCUCGAGCAUGCUCGCUCAGACCAUGUCGUCAUCGUCGGGCAGCAGCGGCAAGAAUCUGCUCAAGCCAAAGAACAACAUCAAGCAGACGAGCAGCUCCUUUGUCCAGCGGCUCCAGAACCACACUGAUUACACAAAGGUCAUGGGCCAGCGCGGCGAUGGCAACACCAUUGAGCGCUUUGCGUUUGCCAAUCGACAGCGGGUGCUCUUUUGGCUGGGCGAGAAUGCCAAUGGCUGGAUCAAGGACCCGCUGGCACGCCUGACUUUUGCAUCGCCAAUCACGGCCCACGACAUCAACCAGCACACGCGGUCACCCUCGAGGCUGGAUGUCAUCAUCGGCUUCAGCUCGGCAGACAUCGUCUGGUUCGAACCCUUUUCGGCGAGGUACUCUCGCAUCAACAAGGGAGGCUGUGUGUAUGACUCGCCCAUCACGAGCAUCCGGUGGUUGCCGGGCAGCGAGACGCUGUUUAUAUGCGCUCAUUCCGACGGUACCUGCACCAUCUUCGAUGUCAGCCGAGACGAUGCUGCGCCCGGUUCCUGGUCACCGGCCACGGGCAUGUCGAUACAGGGCUUUACCUCCCAUUCGCACUCGUCUCUGGGAUCGGCAGAGAAGGAAGAGGAAGAGGAGCAAGAGUUUCUCCGCAACGACGCUUCGUCGACAAGACCCAGGCCCACUGCCGCUCGCCGGCAACCCACGUCCGAUUCACUGACGACAGUGGGUAACGUCUCUAUCGACGGAGGCUCAAGAACAUCCACAGUCGAUGAUGGAGCCCCGUCAUCGCGGCCAAGGAUCGUGGGCUGGGAUCCCACGGUCAAGAUGGUGGUCACGAGACCCGCAAACGACACGAUGGGCAACGAGACAUACUCUCGAAAGGCUUGGAUGUCCAAGAACCCGGUGGCGCACUGGCAGGUGGUCAAGAAUGCAGAAAUCAGCGACAUUGCCUUUGCGCCCGACUCGACUCGCUUGGCGGUCGUCUCGACCGACGGCAAGGUGCGUGUCAUUGACCUGCUCAACGAGCGCCUGGACCAGACGAUGACGUCGUACUUUGGCGCAUUCACCUGCGUCGCCUGGUCGCCCGACGCAAAGCUCCUCGUCACCGGCGGCAGCGACGACCUUGUCUCUGUCUGGUCGCCCGAGGGCCGCGUCCUCGCCCGCUGCAUCGGCCAUUCGAGCUUCAUCAAGGCGGUAGCGUUUGACCCGUGGCGCUGGCGUGCCGACGAUCGCACGUACCGCUUCGCGAGCGUGGCCGAGGAUGGCAAGGUCAUCAUGUGGGACUUCUCCAGCGCCGCGCUGCAGCGGCCCAAGAUGGCCCACGGCAGCUCGUCCUACUCCAAGCAAGCCCGAAGCGGCGGUUCUUCGUUUGCGGACCCGCACCAACCGCAGGGCAGAAUGAGCAUGUCGUCGACGAGGCCCAGGAACAGCAUGAGCGCCGAUCGGUCGUCCUUUGCCGUGGAAACGAGCGACGAGUCCGAUGGCAAGGCCAUGCUCCAUCCGGCGCUGAUGCGCAAGGAAGUCGCCGAGCUGCAGCCCGUGGCCGUGUUCGAGGUCAGCCACUACCCGCUGAUGCCACACAACAUCGACGGCGUCCCUACGAGUGCCGUUUCCAGCAGCGCCUCGACGGCAGGCAUGCUAGGUGCAGCGGUGCCUGUCCACCUAAACGGGGCUCCAUCAAUGGCACAACAGCACGACUCCGCCACUGGCACCGCUGCCGUCGGUAAUGCUUCCUCGCCAGGGCAAGCAGGCACAGCCGUAUCGCCCACCUCUGCAGGAGGAGUCUCCUCUACUGGGGGCUCACCAGCCAAUGCGAGCCAACCAAAUGCUGCGCUCGGAAACGGUGCACACAACGUCCUUGCUGCCUUUGGCGACAUUGGAACCGCCUCGGACCUCCUCGUUGGCAUCCGGUACCGACCAGACGGCCUCAUUGUGCUCCACAAGAGCGGCACGAUGCGCUUCUUGAGUAGACCAAAGACACAGAGACAAGUACUGCAGCAGCAGCAUCAUCAACAGCCGAGCCAGCCAGUCAGAGCGACUGGUGGAGGUGGCUGGCGGCGAUGAUUUCGUAGCUGUUGCCUCUCUGGCCUUGUGUACUAUAUACUAUCAACAUGGAUUGAUGCA